CGUCGCUGAGGUGCCCGGGGUGACUGCUCCUCUGAACACCCUACACAUUGUCACGAUGGAUUUUAAUGCCAGCACACAGGGCGGACAGUGCCAGUCCUGCGCUGGCACAAUUAUUUAAAGCCCAAAAAAACGUAUUUUAGGGACUACCUCGGACCAAUCACAUUAGGCAUCUCAGCUCUCUUCGCCGGGCUAUGGAGAUCCAACGUUAAGGGUUUGGGGGAACCGGACUCUUUCGGAAUUCCGCCAAAAUUACGACGGGAAUCAAGUACAGCUGCCUGUCUCCCGGCAACGGGAGAGACCACCGGCCACUCGUGAUGUCUCGUGCCAAGGAGCGGCUGAAAGGCGGGAAUGAGACCAAGGACAGCGUCACUCUUCUGCCGUGCUUUUAUUUUGUAGAGCUUCCCAUUCUGGCCUCCUCUGUUGUCAGUCUUUAUUUCCUGGAGCUGACGGAUAUUUUCCAGCCGGUGCAUUCUGGGUACAGCUGUAAUGACCGCAGUCUGUCUCUGCCCUACGUCCUGCCCAGACAGGAAGUCUGCUCUCUGCCUCUGCUCUUCAGCUUGGCCUUCACCGCUCCCACCGCCACUAUUCUUAUAGGAGAGGCCAUUCUGUAUUGCUAUUUAUCCAGGAGGUCAUCAGCCACACAGACUGAGUCCAACAUCAACGCUGCAGGCUGUAAUUUCAACUCCUACAUCCGCAGGGCUGUACGCUUCAUAGGUGUCCAUAUCUUUGGCCUGUGUGUGACAGCACUGAUAACGGACAUUCUCCAGCUGUCAACGGGUCAACACACCCCCUACUGGUUAGAUGUGUGUAAACCCAACUUGACCCAUAUUAACAUGUCUACUUGUGAUGAAGCUUUUAUUCUGGAGGAUAUCUGCUCAGGACAAGACCACGGGCUCAUCAAUGCUGGGAGGAAGUCUUUUCCCUCCCAGCAUGCAACUCUUGCUGCAUUUGCUGCUGUCUACAUCUCAAUGUACUUCAACAAGGUGCUGACAGACUCUGCCAAGCUGCUGAAGCCUCUGCUGGUCUUCUCUUUCAUCAUGCUGGCCAUCCUGGCCGGGCUCACCAGGAUCAUCCAGUUCAGAAACCAUCCUGUGGACGUCUACUGCGGAUGGUUACUGGGAGCUGCUAUCGCCGUUUAUCUGGGUGUGUAUGCAGUGGGAAAUUUCCAGCCCAGCGAGGAUCGGUCCAGAAGUCGAGCACCUACCCCCACCCUGAGAGAGCCUCCCCUCUCCUCCCUGCCCAAUGUCAGCCAAUCAACAAUUAGCAACAGCCACCAAGGUCACCACAACCUGGCUCCCAGCCAACCAGAGCCCAUCAUCACGAGGACCUCUUCCCACACGUUGUCCCCCAUCCAAACAGAGCACAUCCUGACGAGAAGCGCCUCCUACCGAGAACCUUCUCUGUCCAAUCUGAAGAGAGCCAGUGCUGAGGUGGAGGUGAUAACCCCAUCCAGUCCUCUGGGCAACCAUGACAACAUGAUGACCUUCAGCAGCAGCACACUGCCAAGGUCCCAUGGAGGCUCCUCAUUGGAGGAGGGUCGCAUUCCACGCCGCCAUGCCUCCAUCCACGCAUCAAUGGACUCAACCCGAUCCAAACAGCUCCUCAGCCAAUGGAAGAAUAAAAAUGAUAACAGGAAGCUAUCCCUGCAGGUGAUGGAUGGAAUCAGACCGACCUCCUCCUCAUCUCCUCAGAGGAACAUGGAACUGCGCUGCUCCUCUGAACCGUCUGCCAUGGGCCUCGAGGCAGAGCUCCGGGGUGUAACACACCUGCCUUCCCUUAUCGCGUGCCAGGAGACAGAACUGCGUGCUGGGGCCCACAUCCCAGCUCAGUACAUGAAAUUAGCAGCAAGCUCUGUUCCUAUGGCCAAUCAUAAUCAUCUGACCCAUAACGGCAGCACCGGAUUGACUGGUGGGGCCAGAGUGUCUAUCCAAUCCCGGCCUGGAUCCUCCCAGCUGGUUCACAUUCCUGAGGAGGAAAACCUCACCAGCAAGGAUCAGGAGAGUGAAUCAGAGGACAGCAUUAUGGAUGGUGGCGGGUCUGUGAGGGAAAAGUGGCUGAGAGUGGCUGAGAAGACCACCAUUCCCUGCCGGCCGCUCAGUGCUGGAGGACAGCCUCGUCUUAUGCAGGUGAUAGCCUUAUCCAAACAGCAGGGUCUGCUUUACUCUCCUCGGUCGGAGGAUGGUGGAUCCAUUCGGUACCGAGCCCUAACGGACCAGGACCCAUCACCACCAGCCUCCACCACUGGAGCAGUGGGAGGAGGAGGAGGAGGUUUGGAAAGAAGUGGCAGUAUAGUCCGUAUUGAUGCCCACCCAGAGUCCAGAUCAAACAAACCUGUGGUGAAACCUCCGAGUACCGACGGAAGUGGCUCCUGGCGAUGGAAGCCACCAGAACAACGAGCUUCGCUCCGACAGUCAGCUUUCACCCUCAAUGACAUGAACAGACACACAGACAGCUGUGAUUCGCUGAGGGAUGGAGAAUCAGUGGACGGGCGGACGAGUGUGACAGGAAUUGAAAUGGAGAGCGAAGGAGGAGGAGACGAAGGGGGAGGAGGAAUAGAAGGAGGGGAGGAGGAAGAUGUAUACACAAACCAUCCCCAUGUUGUACACCCUUUACACCCCUUACAUCCCAAUAACCCCAACAACUUCCAGCACCCCAAUUUUAACCCCAACAAUCCCAACUUUAAUAACGUUCACUUUAACUACAACCCCAACUCUGCCAACUUCAAUCCCAACUCUGUCAACUUCAACCCCAACUCUGCCAACUUCAACCCCAACUCUGCUAACUUCAACCCCAACUCUGCCAACUUCAACCCCAACUCUGCUAACUUCAACCCCAACUCUGCUAACUUCAACCCCAACUCUGCCAACUUCCAACCCAACUCUGCUAACUUCAACCCCAACUCUGCCAGCUUCCAACCUAACUCUGCCAACUUCCAACCCAACUCUGCCAACUUCCAACCCAACUCUGCCAAUUUCAACCCCAACUCUGCCAACUUCAACCCCAACUCUGCCAACUUCAACCCCAAUUCUACCAACUCCAACAUGCCUUUCCCCCCCACCUUUGCUCCUCCCUUCCAUCCCCACCCUCAGGCCAUCACCACCAUCAGGGUCACUCCGGUGGAGGGAACGGCUGCCAGCAGCGACGGUGGCUCAGAUUGCCAGUCUGUUGCCUCGUCCAGCUGUGAGUCCACCCUGAGGAGGAAGAGUGGCUCACACAUCAUCCACGUCCCCGAGCGAGGACCCACCCCCGACAUACACAAUAACCACCGCCUCUGUGAUGACAGUAACCGCUUCGACAACGAAAGCAGCAACCGUUUUCAUGAAAACCUUCAAAGUUUUCAAGAAAACCCUAUCCACCCCAUCCACCCUAUCCACCCCAUCCACCCCAUCCACCCUAACCAUCCCAUCCACCCUAACCACCCUAACCGACCCCAACAGGCAGUUGCAGGGGAUGUUUGGCCGUCCCGGCCCAACCCCUCCCCCUACCCUACCCCGCCCCAUCUUGACACACACUCCGCCUCCUACUCUGGGGUUGGCCUACAAGGAAUGACACGUUGUGUGUUAAAUUCAUAUUCUAUACCUGGGAUUAAAAUGUGUCCUACUUGACCAGUACAAAAUGUCAAUGGGGAUGCUGCAUUGGUCAAUUCAGAACUUCGGAUUGGGUCAAAAAUGAAAGGAAAUUUGGUUUAAGCUGUCCACCAACCAGGGUCAGGCAAUAGGGGAUGGGAAUGGCCAAAAAACAAGUCCCACCCGCAACCUGUCACCUGGCGAACUACCCAACUGAAUAAAUAUUAUGUCAUAAUAGGAGACGUACUGUUAGUUUAUUAAAACCGAAAAAGGUUUACAAUCUCCUUUGGGUCAAAAGCCAUAGAGAGUAGACACACAAUUAGCCCUAACCACGAUCUCCAACUGGCCAAUAAGAAAUCACUUUAGUCAGGGCCCAACAGAGGAUGUGUGAGUCAACAUUUUUCCUUUUUUUUUCCAUCUGGAUACACCAGUCAGUUUUUUGUAAAUGUGAUAAAUUGAAUGCACUUGCUUCAUACAGUAAAGGAUAAUGGGCUAAAUAAAGUGCUGAACCUUUGACUCCCUCAGCAGGAGACUCCAGCUCCCCCAGUAUGUCAUAAAGCUCCCUGCCAGCGAGGAAGGAUUCAGCCUAAUGACUGACUGCUAGGUCAGCUUCUCAUCACCACAACAAUUCUACAAACAGUAUAUUCUCAGCGCCAUCGUUUUGUCACACACAGGUAACAAUAUUGAUAUAUAAACUUUACUGUGUGUCACAUGUCAUUAGAUGGGCAUUUGCAUUCAAAGCCCGUAUCUGUGCUGUAUAUGCACAUUUGUACAUAUGAAUGUGGGUGGCCACAGUGGAAACUAAACCCACAGUCUUAAUUGUGUCUUGGCUACAAGGAGUCCCUUUUGGGCAAUAACAGUAUCUCUUCAGUCAUGGUGGUGUUGUGUUUGUGUUGAAGAACAAUAUCAUGGGACAUACCUUGUGUUUAAAUAUAGCUCAACAAGCGCUCUGUUUUUCACAUGCUGUGUGUUAAUGAUGUGAAUUAUUCUGUCUGUGUAGUAGCUGUACUGUACACUGGCACAUGCAGCAUGUGAGUCAUCUAAACAAACUUAGACCAUACACAAGUCCAAAGAGUGAAGGAAGUGAAGUCUUUGUUUGGUUCAUUUUAUCAGCUCAUCAUGUCUCCCAGCAUUACAGUCUAGUGUAUUUACAAUUCAGUUUUAGAGCAACUAUUGGGGAAAAGAAUUGUGAUAUUUUGAGAAAAUAGUUGCAAUGUUAUGAGAUAAAGUUGUAGUUCUAUGUGAAAAAAGGUCAUAUUAUCUGAUGAGAAUAGUCGUGAUUUUACAAAAAAAACUGGCAAAAUAUUAUAUAAAUAUUAUAUAAAUAAUGAAAAGCAACUUAACAAGAAAGUAAAAUACAACAUUAAUACAGUAGAAUACAACUGAGUAUACAGAUGUGGUUUGUAUAAAAGUUUACUAGAAAGUAAAAUAAUUCAAGAUAAAAUUAUAAACAAAAAAAGCACUAGAGUACAAAAAACUUUUAUUUUUGAGUCGUAAUUUUACAUGAAUGAAUUGUAAUUUUAAAAUACAAUAAAAAUGUGUAAUAUAAAGAAAAUAAAUCCAGGUAGGCUGCCAGGCUGCUCUAACCUGUUUACUACAAUAGAAUAUUAAUCUAAAAAUGUUAUUCUCAAAAUAUAAAAAUAAAUUAUCAGAAGAUUACAACUAUAUUUUCAUAAUAAUUGUGACUUCUUUUCUUGUAAAACAAUAACUUUUUACAAAUGUUGAAAACGUCUUAGCAAAUUAACUUAAUUCUCAUACUAUUAAGACUUUUUUCUUGUACAUAACAUAAUUACUAUCUAAUUUAUUCUUGAAAUCAGUUGUUUUCCCUUAACAGUGGCCCUAUAUAUCAGUCAUAGUGUUAUAUUACACACUAACAUUGCUUUGGGAUUUUGUAUGUUGAAUUUCUGUGUUGAGUAGAAAUUAUUCUGACAUUUAUACUCCAUGUAUGUUGGAGAAAAAAAAUCAAAUCAAAUUUUGAAUUGACUUUGCCAGAAACAACACAGCGUUUGGUCUAUUCAACAGACAUCACUCAUCGUUUUCUUAGCCCAGUGUUUACAUUCUCUCUUUAACUUAGUGCCCAAGUGCCAUCAAAGGAAGUCGUGUGGCUGUGGGCUAGUCACAUACAGUAGAUAUGGUGUUCGUGCAGAACAGCAGUGAGUGGGAAAAUAAAGAUCCUUAAGUUUGGAUCAUGUAGAAUUUAAGAAAGCACAAUUACUGCAGCUUGAUGACAGUGUCAGCAGAACACAGUGGACAUUUAUUAUAGCUGUGUACAUAUUUAUAUAUCUCGUAUGUCACAUGUCUCUCUGGUUAUUGCAUCUGUAGGUGCCAUGAUGAAGACUGAGAUGAUGAUGAUGAUGAUGCUGUUAAUGCUAAUGGUAUUAAUAUGUUUUAAAGGAAUACAUAAUAGCUGAGUGGAGAGGAGAGGACUUAUAUUCUAAUAUUUCAACAUUUAUUAUAGGUACUAUUUGAGUUAAACAAGUGGAUAUAUAUCAAGUGUGUGUAUGGUUGAAUGUGAGAGUUGCUACUCAACUUAUUUACACGUGUGGGUGUGCAAAUGUUCUCUUCUAUCUAACAAUAAAGAAUGGACACAGUUAAAUGAGAUGUAGAGUUUGCAGGCAAGUGCCCUGAUUGGUCAAGAAGAAACAGUGACUUUGCUUGAUGGAAAGGAUUCGAGCAGGUUUCUGUGGCUGUUGUGGCGGCGAGCAGUGAUCCAGAUCUAUGCUUUCUGCUUCUGUUGCUGUCAUUAUUGUUUUGAGCUGGUGUGAACAUUUGGAGUGGUGUAAAAGGUGUAGAGCGUACGAGCCACAUCAUCAUAUUACCUGUAAACACUGAUGAAUACUGUUUUUGCGGAUUUCACAAAGCAGCAUGAUACAGAUGUCAUGAAACAGAUGCGUGGUUUUGUUCAUUUAAAAUUAAAAUAGAAAUUUAAGUAGAAGAAGAACGUUGCAACUUUUAAAGUGUUUAACAACAAAGGGGAGCCAUGUGGAGUAAUCCUACAGCUGUACAGUAACUGUUCAUUCUUAGGAAGUGAAGUUGUGUUGAAAUGGCCUGUUAGUCUUAGUGAAAGUCAACAUUGUUAGUAAAAAAGGCUGUAUCGAGAUAUGGAGACAGUAUUUUGAUAUUGAUGGAAUUUCAAAGAAAUUGAUAUUUCCUCAAAUAGUUUCAGCCCUACCUGCAGCAGACGUUCGGAAGAAGCACAACUAGUUUAGCACAGAAUACAAAGGUUAAUGCUGAUGUACAUGUGUUAGCUUUCAGCCCCAAGAACCUGGCUUCACUUUGCAUAUACACUACGUCGUUAACAGUUUGAAUGGUCUACACAUAACCCACCCCUUAACCAAAGCUGCUUUACCUGCAUCAAUAUUUUCUCAUGACAAAAAUGGCAGGACACAGUUGUGUUACUAUUAACACAAUCCAGAGGAAUGUAAGGAAUAGAAUACAACCAUUAGAGAGUUUGGUGGAUGAGGCUUCGUCCUUCCCACAACAUGUGUUUAACAUGAAUGCUGUGAUCAAACAGUCCCUGUAAGAAGAAAUAAUCACAUACAUUAAUGUGUCAUCCCUUUGUAAAGUGUUGGAGACAGAGAAAUAUAUUUUAGUAUGAUAGAUGUUGUGGAAUGUGCUUUGUAAUCAAACUCUAAUUUGAUGUAAGCAUGUCAGUGGAUUAAAGUGAAUAUUUUAGUUUCAAAGUUUUAUGAGCUUAUAGCAAGAUGAAACAAGGACAUUUGUUUUGAUUCAUUUGAGAGGGACUUUUGCUGAGCCUUGUACGAUAUGCUGUAGUGGAAACGAGAAAUAGAUUUUGGAAUACUGAUUUGUUAUCGCUUACGAGAAAGGCAAUCAAUCAAUAGUCAAAGUAUUGGCAGAAUAUCCUGAAAGUAUGUUUCUGUUCAUAACUAAUGUGAUGAUGUCUUUAGACUUGGAGUAUUUAUAUAUUCUCAUGUGAAUUCAUAUUUUUAGUAUUCUGAUGUAGUAUUUUUCCAAUUAAGAAGUGACAUUGUUACUUUAUUGCUGUUUCUGCAUUGUUAAAUUGAAAAUCAUGGUUUUGCUAACAGAUGCGUUUUAAACGAAGACAUUAGAGAGGAUUGCCCUGUGAGAGUAAACCAGUCCAGUCCCAGGAGGGCUGCAUCUGUGCCAACAUAUGGUACGAAUACAAAGAGGAACAUUUUAAUAUCAGUGUCCAAGAACAUUGUGGACAUCCAAAAUUGAAUUGUGCCAAGUUUCAAGUACAGUGAUACAGACACGGUGAGCGCAGGAGAGAGCACUUUACUGGAACAAUGUCCCUGCACCUGAUCAUUACUGCCACACAAGUCUCUGCACUGUCCCAUUACUCUGGCUUUCACUGUAUACAAAUGACAUGUUUUUAUUUGCAUAGUCAUGCUAGUAGUAAUGUAUGAUUUGCUAUUACAGAAGUAAAUAUUUUAUAAAAUUCUGAUGAUGUUUAUCUGUGAAGGCCUUCUCACAAUGUGCUUACCUAGCUGCAUUAUUAGCUCCAUCUUGCAAACCCUUGAACACUCGAGCAAAACUAGUUUGCAGCCUUAACACUCAAACUUCAAUUUAUCCCUUGAUACUGUUAUAUAAAAUGAUAUGAUAUGAAAACAGGUUAGCUGAUGUUGAAGUGAGUCUUUAGUUUGGGAAUGGAAAUGAACUAGUUCAUAUGUGAGUAGCACCUUAUUAGCUCACUUGCGUACAAAGUGGUUGGUGAUGUUUGUUAUGCUAGCAGCUACAUAGCUAGCCUUCAUACUACCUAUUGUUACAACACAUGUUCAUAGAUUUAACCAGCUGCUGAAUGUGAAUGAUCCACAGAUAAAUAUUCAAUAAUUACGUAAUAUUUAUAUCAACCACUUAUUUUUGUCUUUUCUUUUCAUUGA